AUGACGGCAGAGCGCAGCGUAGGACGGCCGUGGACCACGCAUGAAGACGAGCUGUUGGCUCGAGCAGUCGCGGAGCACGGAGAAAAUGAUAACUGGAAGCGGGUCGCGGAGUGCGUCCCUGGACGGACGAACAAAGCCUGCAGGAAGCGUUGGCUGCACUCUUUGUCGCCGGACGUGAAGAAGACAGCCUGGACCGCAGAGGAGGAUCGGACGUUGCUUGAAUUGUACGAUAUCCAUGCCGGUAAAUGGGCGGCGAUUGCAAAACACAUCCCUGGACGAACGGACGACGCGUGUUCGAAGCGUUAUCGAGAAGCGCUCGAUCCGAUGUUAAAGAAAGGAGAGUGGACACCGCAGGAAGACUUGCAAUUAAUGGAGGCGUACAAGGAACUCGGUGGACGAUGGGGACAAGUCGGGCAACGUCUGCAACGCAGUGGGCUUGGCUGCCGUAACAGAUGGCGUCUAUUGGAACGAAAAAGAUCGACAACCGCCAAUAGACAAGACUUGCCGACGACCGACUUGAACAUGUCACAGCAGCAGCAGCAGCCAAUCCACCUCAAUCCCUACCACACUUGGGAUGAUAUGCAGGCCGCAGCUGCUUCGUUCCAAUACGGUUCCUCGUCACUCAGCUCCGCCCUUGUCGCAUUGCCACCCACAACACCGGAGCCUUCUCUCGCUCACUACGAGUAUUCCUCCACGUCCACCUUCGCUGGCCUGCCUAGCACCUCCACCUCCCCGGCGACCCAUUCAAUCGAGUUCGCCAUGACCAACGCCGCGCCAACUUCUGUGUACGAGGACGAUGCAAGGCAAUAUGAUCAGCUCCACCGACGAACACCGCCCCACGAUUACUACAUCACACCUGCAACACACGAGGAUCGGCGCAUGUCACAUUGUCAACCUUCUUAUCCCCAUCAGCACCCUGAACGCGACCCGCAUCCCGAUCAGGACAGCUAUCCCUCACCAGCACGCCCGCCGACACAACAUGACGUUCAUUAUGCCCAACAACAACAACAACAACAACAACAUGAGAACCUUGUCAACCACUCUCCACGCCCUUCGUCCCAGCCGGAUCCUGGGUCGUCCGCUGAUCAAAGCUAUCCGCCUCCGUCUCAAGCACACCCAUCGCUUGUACACCGCUCCACACCCACGCUUUCGAUGGCUUCAACCACGUCUCCAUAUCCAAAACCGUCCACCUUGUUGGAUGCUUCACAAGUUAACCAAGAGGAUCCUAGUACUUCUAGCCUACGUCCGAAACAACGUACUCGGACACCUGCAACGCGAAAACGUCCGGAUAGUCAGGCACCGUUGCGCUUAUCAUCCGAUCUUCCCGCUACGUCCGACCCAUCGAUCAAGCCAUACGCUUGUGGUCACGAGAGCUGCUGGCCAGCUAACGCACUGACGAGUCGUGCAUGUUACUCCACGUCGCGCAGCCUUUCUGAUCAUAACAAGGCCGCCCAUCCUGAUGACGUAGGUAGCGAUAGACCUUAUCGAUGUGGACUUGAGGGGUGCGGCAAAUCUUGGAAGAGCAUCAACGGAUUGCAGUACCAUUUACAAAUUUCAAAAGCUCACUUCCAACAUGCCAUCACAUCCACCUAUUUAACCCCCUAUAUGGAAGGUUUAUCUGUCCCUGCAUCAGUGGAAGCAUCAACGUCCGGUCAGACGGAAACGAAAAAGAAGCAGUAUGCAUGCCCACAUGAAAACUGCCCUAAUCGGUACAAGCAACUCAGUGGGCUGCGAUACCAUUUGGCACACGGCCAUCCUGCCGACCUCCCUGCGCAACUCGAUCUCGUACCACCUGCGUUGAGCCGAAAACUAGAAGAGAAGAUGCGGAUGCAGGGCCAAGCCCAGGGCUCUGAUCUUUCUGCCGGUCCCUCUGCGUCGGCGCAUCAGCAACGACCUUAG